UUCAACUACAGCAGACAUCUGGACUGCCCACAAUAAAAGUUACCUGGGUGUGACAGCACAUUGGAUCAAUCCAAAUAACAUGGAAAGAGAGAAAGCAGCUCUUGCCUGCAGACGGUUUAAGGGGCAUCAUACUCAUGACGCCAUUGCAGUUGAGCUUGACAAUAUACACUCAACAUAUGGGAUAACACACAAAAUCACAGCAACAGUGACUGAUAACGGCUCUAAUUUUGUUAAAGCAUUUAAGAGGUACCAGCCACUUGAGGAAAGUGAUUCUGAAGAAGACAAUGAAGAUGAGGUGACGUUUACAGACAUUAAUGCUGCUCUACAUGCAACUGAUGAUAAUGAUGGUGAUGUUGUGAUCACUUUGCCCCCCCACAAGAGAUGUGCAUCACACACACUAAACCUGAUUUCAUGCACUGAUGUUGAAAAGUGGCUGCUGUCAAAAUCUGGAACAAAGGCUGUUUAUAGAAGUGCUACUGCCAAAUGUACUUCCCUAUGGAACAAGACUAGUCGAUCUGCUUUGGCUACUGAAACAGUUGAUGAGUUGGUGUCAAAAAAGCUGCUUGUACCUUGUACAACACGAUGGAAUUCCUUCUAUGAUGCCCUGGCUAGAAUCUGUGAAAUAUCCAUGGUAGACCUUAACACCAUUUCAUCCAAAUUAGGACUGGCAGCGAUAACAGAAAGGGAACACCAGUUUUUAAAGGAGUACUGUACUGCGAUGAAGCCCCUUACAGUUGCCUUGGAUAUACUUCAGGGAGAAGACAACUGUUUUUAUGGUACACUCUUACCAACGAUCGAGACAUUAAUGUUGAAGACAGAAGCCCUUAAAAGUGACCUGCAAAUACUGAGAGACCUUCCUGAUGCCAUAGUCACAUCUAUCAAAACCAGAUUUGCUGAUGUCCUGGGAAAUGAGGAGGCUAUACUUGCUGCUGUAACUCUUCCAAAAUUCAAACUUCGCUGGCUGCGUUCACAGGAGUUAAAGGAUAAGGCUAAGGCAAGUUUGCUGGCAGAGUGCAGAAGAAUUGUCCUCGACGAACCACAGCCAGGUCCCAGCACAUCUUCACAUCACACAGAUUCAGCCAAAGAGAACGAUUUCUUUUCCUUUGAGGAGGAUGAGGAGGAAACUUCAUCUUCAGCAGAAAACCAAGUGGCAGACUAUAUUAGAUCUUCAGCACAAAACUUAAACUCUCUGUGUGAAUUUUCUCUCAUCAAGAAAAUUUCACUACGUUACAAUGCUGCUACACCAUCUAGUGCACCUGUUGAGAGACUGUUCAGCCUGGGCAAGCUUGUCUUCUCUCCGAAGAGGAACAGACUGUCAGACAAAAGAUUCGAAAAGCUUCUCCUCCUACGUUACAACCACUGGUUUAGUUGUUAGAUGAGAGGAGUAUUUUAGUAUAGAUUAAUGUAUUGUUCAUUCUAACUGAGAACAAACAACAUGUUAAUCUACAUACAUAGAGAGUUGGAUAGUGUUCUGUUUAUUGUGCAAUAAUAUAUAGGUACAGAGAUUUAUACUACUUAAUGGCCAGAUCUUCCUUUGUUUGUUUACACAAGUUUACAUUUGUUUGUCUUAGUUUGCACUUGAUUGCAAAGUGUGUGAAUAACUGAAUAUUAUUUAUUUUCAAUAUUUAAUUUGUAUUACUUUACUGAAUAUUUAAGAGUUGGAUAGUGCUCUGUUAAUUGUGCAGCAUUAUAGAGAAACAGAUAAUUGCACUAAUUAAAGGCCAAAUUUUCAUUUUUUUCUUAUUACACAAGCUUACAGUUGUGUGUC